AGGGGGAAGCUGCCGCGCGAUUCCUGGGAGCGAGCGCUCGCGUUCGGCCCACGGCACAAACACGGGGGAGAGAUGAGUCUCAAAACAAGAGACGGGGAAAUGACCGGGCUCGCCACUGUGUUAUCCUGAGAAUCAGCCGAAAGAAAAACAGAUAUUUGUUCAUCAGCAAAAGCGCUGCUAAAUACUGGAGCUGCUAGAGCUAGACAACCGGAGGUGAAAUGGGAGUUGGUGCGGCCGGUGUGACGUCAGAGCCGCCGGUGCUGUUCUCAGAAUAGACUUCUAGGAAACCGUAAUUUUUAAAAGCCCAGCCUUUACACUCUGUCCUUCACACAUUUGGAUCCCAUUCUGGUGACAACACACUCCAAACCGCUGCUACGGAGAUUUUUAUGUUUUAGACGUUUUGUUUUCAUUUUUCUCGUCCAGUGUUGUUCUUAUAAACACUACAGGACCAGAGCACUACUGCCUGGGUACACCGAGCUCUUUUAUCACCAAUUUGAACGCUUUUUUUUGUGGAAGUGUUUUUUUCCUUUCUUCAGACGGAGAUCAGUGUCUAUAUGUUUCGUGAUUUUCUGCGGAAGAAACACUGACCAGAUCUUAAUCUACAGAGGAUUUAAGAAAUAGCAUGAUUCUUUGUGUACCAGCUCCGAGAGCACCUCUGACUGCUGCUCCGUCCACUGAAACCUCGAGGGGGAUGCGGGCAGGAACAGUACCUACCCCUUGCCUUCAAAGCACCCCUCCACUAUGGGACCCAACAAAGGACUUGCGGGCGAUUGCCAGCAACUUCUGCUAUCUAGAAAAUUCAGGAUGGUACUGGGGAGCUGUAACUGCAGCUCAGGCCCACGCUGCACUUCAAGAGGCAUCUGAAGGAGCUUUUUUGAUACGGGACAGCAGUCACCCUCUGUACAUGCUGACCCUCUCCGUCAGGACUGCAAGAGGUCCCACCAGUAUUCGGAUCCAGUACAGCGGGGCACAGUUUUUGCUCGACUCCAGCUCCCCGGCCAGGCCGAGCCUGUCGUCCUUCCCCAACGUGCCCAGCCUGGUGCAGCACUACAUGGGACCAGGGAGGAAAGCAGAGGAGGGGAAGGUGGUGGAGGAGGCCCCUUCAAAACCCUGUCAUCAGACAAUUCAGGAGACCUCUGUGGUUUUGAAACUGAAGCGGCCUUUGUACAAGCCGCAGGGCCUCCCCUCCUUACAGCACCUCACUCGCCUCGUCAUAAACAGACACUCUGACAGCCCUGACCAGCUCCCACUCCCGAGGCCUCUGCUGCGUUACAUUCAGGAAUAUCCCUUCAAGGUAUGACGGGUGCUUCCUGAUGUUAUUAAAUUUAAGGACAAAUAAACUCUCAAACAGGUCUCUGGUGCCUGAAAAUUACACCGCUGCUGCAGCAUUUGGAGGCCAGUCACGAAACCACUGGACACAGGGUGAUAUUUUUUGCUGAAAAAUGUGUAUAAAUUCAGUUUAUACUGACGUGCCUGAUGCCAGACUUCAUUUGUCAAGGAUUGGGUGAUGAAGUACGACGACUUGUGAGCAAACUUGUACUGUAAUCACUUUUUUUGCGAUGGAUGUGGGAAUUAUCCAUGUCCAUUUGACCCUCAUCAGUUCUGGAUGUACGUACUGUUUCCAAGAACUACACUGAUUCCAUUAAGACAUCUUUUAUGCCGUUUUAUUUUUCUCAGUAAAACAUUUUUUCUACCUUUUACAUGUGUACAUUUUUCUAUUAAAAUAACAAACUUA